AUGUCGAUUCCUCAUCCAUGCCAAGGCAUUAUUCUUCUUCAGGUCUCCACUGAGGUAAACGGAGCCGUACUGCGAGCGCUAAAUCGACCUGCUGCACCGCGUCUGGAAGCUUUGCUGCGUAUGAUCGUUUGGGCUCAAAAGCAACUGGUCACGGAUCGAGAAGAGGAUCGAACAACAACAACAACUACUGCACCUCCUUAUUCCUCCACUUCUGGAAGGUAUGCAGGGGGCGCUUCCGGUGGAUCUACUGAUACGAACGCAAUCGCUCGAUCCCUUUUUGGCGGCACCUCUUGCUAA